UCGUGGUGAAGAAGGCGCCAAAUGUGGGGAUGGUGAUACACAAUCAUUGGAAAUGUGCGGAGGGGGUGAGGGCCGAGUGUACGUGUAGAGGACAUCACAUGGGGAGGAGUGAAGGACAUGUGAAGGUUAGAUUGUGUGAAGUGGAGAACGUACCAGGAUUCCUACGAAAUUCAAAGAACGUGACACCUGGAAGCAUAAUUAGACCAGAAGCUUUGGAGUCCUGCAUCCGUGAAGGGGUGGAUGGAUGGGUGAAGGGAAGGAAAGACAUGAUACUCCACCGAGACAUUGAUCUCUGCUAUGGAGGGAGGGAUGAUGUAAACAAUUUGGCAAUGACGACGAACGAAGUGAGGAACUGUUUUCGAAAAUAUAGCAAGCUGAUAGAGGUACCCAUCGAUCGGAACCCAGGGGCCACUCUGCUAUUAUGUCCGGUGCUGUACCAUCGCGCAUAUCUUGAAACAUUCAAUCGGAAUCAUAGCUUCCGUGUGGUGCAGCGGUCCGAAGAUCAGGUGCGUACCAAGAUGAAGGAAGAUUAUGUAGAAGGUGGUCUGAACCGAAUUGCAAGGUGGCAGACGGGAGGGAAGAUCAGCCAAGCUUAUGUACUACCCAAAGACAAGGACUUGGAUAGAUGGAGACCAAUCUCACCGUGUACAACGGAUCCAGCAAGAGUGGCAGCUGCAAGAGUAGGAAGAGCAGUAAGGUAUAUGCUUUUUGGUUUACGAAGGGCUGAGCAUUUUGAUCUAAAGUCUAUGGAUGAGUUGGGAGAACGGUGUCGAGGAAUCCAGAGGGAGUUUAGGGCGAGGGGGGACGUGGCUAUUGCCAGGAGUUAUCAUAUUAAAGAUAUGUUCGCGCGUUUGUCGCAUGAAAAGGUGAUGGAAGCAGUCGAUUGGGUCAUAAGCUAUCACGAGAGGAAGGGUUUGAAAGGAGUGCGCGUGAGUAUGAGGGGGAAACUAUGUGCGAUGGUGAGGAAAGUACGGAAGGAAGAUGGAUUUGUGGUCAUGAAAUUCGAAGAUAUUAAAAGGGAGGUGGCAUUCGAGUUGUCACAUUCGUUCGUGCGAUGCGCAGGAAGCAUAAUGGUACAAAGGUUUGGAAUUCCCAUGGGAAGGAAUUACAGCCCUGCAUUGGCCUGUCUGGUAUGUGCUAUGGCCGAAUCGGCUUUUAUGAAGAGGGCAGUGGGGGAGGAAGUGGCGAUAAGAGGAAUGAGGAUGAUAGAUGAUGUGGCCGUGAUGGUGGGAUGCGCAUCAGACAGACCUGAGACAUUCCGAAAGGCGAUCCGGAUUUUGGAUGUUUUUUAGCAAUGCUAUGAUGACAAUCUGAAACUCGUUCGGAAGGAUGGGGGGGGAAAUGCAUUUGACUUUUUGGGGACUCGUAUUAUUUUGCAAACCGAA